AUGGCAGUUAGAUGCGAAGACUCAAAGUCAACACAAUCAGAAAUUGGUAAAGAAACUAUCGUUCACACUACGUCGAAUGAAAAGGAGGUUGUGCCACACGCAACUACGCAGAGUCCUCUGGAUGUGGAGGUAAAGAUGCAGCCUUUUAAAACAAUUUCCCUUCUUCGUCAUCAGUGGUUUACCAUUUAAUAAGAGCUAGGGCGUUUGAGCGAGAAAACUUUAUAGUGAUUAUAGAUUCCUAUGUAAAGUGAGGUAAAAUGUUUUAAUAUUCAAUCGCAAAAAGCAGAGCGUGUAUACAAAAUAAUGAGAAAAUUUUUUUUAAUGUGUUACAAUACGACCGCUACUUCUGGAACCAAUUUCGGCAAAUAUUCCAAGAUUUAUAUAUAGCAUGCUAUAUUGAAAAUACUCUGCUUGCCUAAUAACAAAGAUAGGGCAUUGGUCAGCCAUUGUUGCGCGUGGUAACGUGAAACCUAAGAAAUGAAAAUGUCCGUGAUUUCUGGCCAUGGAUUGACUCGCACUAUAGUCUAUAGUGUUGCUUUCUUUCUAACUUUGUUUUAAUUAAAAAUGUCAGUUUAACAUGAUUUUAAUUGCCCAUUGGUUGCCCACCGAAAUCUAAACAGCGGGUUCAAUAUUGAUUUUGAAAUAGAAUAAAAAUAUCACAUGUAUUGUUCUUUCGUGAUUAUCAUUAUACACUCAAGUGUUGAGAGAAGAAGACCUCGUAGUAUGUGCAUGAUGUUUUCUAUUUGAUAUAUGAAUACAGAAUACUUGGAAUAUGAAUACAAGAUAAUGAUACAUGGAUAGUAAUCAUAGUCAUGCAUGAAAAAAUAAUAUAACCUCGAAUAUAAUGCCAUUAAAUCUCUUUUUGCAGGCGGAAAAGGAUAGCAAGAAGAGGAUGGAGUCGAUCAAUAGAGUUUGCCGAAAACGUAACGUAAUCAAUUUUUUGGAACCGCCAACUGAUCGAAGAGACAGAGAAAGGGCAUGGCAAAGAAACAACGUGCUUCGGCAUUUGGUUGUGAGCGAAAAAUACAAAGUUAUUUAUUGCUAUAUACCUAAAGUUAGCUCCACCAACAUGAAGAGGAUAUUCCUGGUUUUGGAAGGAUUGUAUCAAAGUAUUACUGAAAUCCACACUCAGCUGGAUCUUCAAUUAGUGCUUUUGAAUAAUCAAAAGUUCACUGAAGAACAACGGCAGUAUAUGCUUAAGAAUUUCUACAAGUUCAUGAUUGUACGCGAUCCUUUCGAACGGCUCGUGUCUGCGUUCCUACAUAAAUUCAGACGUAUGAAUCACCAAAUUUUUUCAUCCCUAACAAAACCGAAUAGAAAUAAUACAAAAACAAUUAUAGCUGGACGUAAUGUGAGUUUCACGGAGUUCGCAUUACAUUUGAUUAACAAUCCGCCUUGGAUGUUUGACAUGCAUUUUAUGCCAUAUGAAGACCUAUGCAGGCCUUGUAAUGUGAAAUAUGACUUCAUCGGCUCUAUCGACAAUCUAAGCCGAGAUGUGACCCAUGUUAUGAGACAAAUACAUGCAAAUGAAACCAAGCUUCAUGUGAGACACAACAGAGCUGCGCGAACCAAAACAAAACAAGCAACAGCAGAUUUCCUAAAAGAACUUUCCAGAAAGUAUUUUGAUCAACUAUUGGCUGUUUAUAAAACAGAUCACGAGUUAUUUGGUUAUCCUCUGCCCGAAUACGACACACUGGACAAGCGUUAUCCCGCCUGA